GCUUGGUUAACAAUAUAAUCGGGGUCAAUCUUUAUCAUAGUUUAGCGUACUGACAUUGUCACAUAUUUUCUCCGAAGAAUGAUGGCCCGAAUGUGGAUUUGUCUUUUGUUUCCUUUACUCGUUGCGUCAGACUGUCCGAUGGGAUGGACGGAAUAUGCAGAAAAAUGCUACUUUUUCUCGCAGAUGAAGGAAACCUGGAUCGCAGCCUCGACGUUUUGUCAGUCCUACAACUCUAAACUAGCAGAACCACAAAACACUGAUGAAAUAGACUUUUUAAUUGGGAAGGUAUUACAUCUUGCUAAUGAUCACUGGGUUGGAGUCACGGAUAUUAUUAUGGAAAAUCAUUGGGUAUAUGAUUCGUCCUUAACGCCAAUUCGAAACAAUAACUGGGGACCACACGAACCUAACGGGCAGCAUGGGGAGAACUGCGUUGUGAUGGCUCAAGGGUAUCACGGAAAAUAUGCUGAUGUUGAUUGUCAUACAGCGCGUGGGUUCAUUUGUGAAAAAGAGGCGAUAUUUGAGGGAACAAUUAUUGGGUAGAUUCCGGCAGGAAGACUGUUGUUAUUUAAUAGUCUUGUAAAUGUUAUACACAUCGAA